AGAAAGAUUUAAAUUUUUUAAAAAUUAAUAUAGGAGGCUACGAUAAAAUUCAGAUUACGCGCUUUGCAGAAUGUAAUUCUUCCGAAAUAAAAGGAACUGCUAAAUUAGUUGACAAGGAUGGCGUACCAGCAUAUUCUGUAGAAUUUAAGAAUCAAGAAACAAUUUUCACAGUUCAAGAAAUUACUACAAAAUAUAUCGCAAGUCUUCGUGAAAGUGCUGAAAAUUUUCUGGGCCAACCUGUCGCUGGUACUGUUCUUGCCAUCCCUACUUACUUUACUGAUUCUCAGCGCUUGGCCUUGAAAGAUGCUACUGAAAAGGCUGGAUUACGUGUUUUACAAUUGAUUAAUGAACCUACAGCCGCUGCAUUGGCCUACGAAUCGGACCAAAAGUCCGUAGAAUCUAAUAAUGACUUACAUGACAAAACUGUCUUAAUACUUGAUCUGGGUUCUGACAGUCUUGAUGUUACGAUAAUGUCUAUUCGCUCAGGCAUGUUUACUAUACUGGGCAACACCCAUGAUCCUGAUAUCGGUGGUGCUUCUUUUGAUGACCUUCUUAUGAAUCAUUUUGCAAACGAAUUCAAACGCAAAACACAGAUUGACAUUUCAUUGAAUAAACGUGCCUUAGUCAAACUAAGAAAUGCUGUUGAAGUCACAAAAAAGACUUUAUCUAGUAGUUCAACUUCCCCGUGUUCAGUAGAGUCAUUGGCUGAUGGCAUAGAUUUUCAUGGAUCAAUCAAUAGAACUAGAUUUGAGAUCAUGUCAAACAAACUUUUUACGAGGAUCUUGGAUGUUAUCUCUAAUGCUUUAAAUGAAAAUAAUUUGGAUUCUCAAUUAAUUGAUGAGCUCCGUGAUACUUUUAAGAAUACGAUUACCGUUAUUCGUCAAGAUUUUGAACCCGAUGAAGUUGUGGCCCAUGGAUGUGCAUUUCAAGGCGAUUUAAUUAGUGCUCUGGACGAUCAAAUGAUUGCUAAUAGCAUUGACUCUUCGAUCGCCCUUGUCCCUCAUCUAUCGAAACCUAUAGGUGUACUUACUGCUGAAAAAAAAUUUGUGGUCAUGAUACCAGAAAACACUCCCCUACCUGCUCGUCGUAUUUUUCAUUUCUCAAAUAUGGUUGAUGAUCAAAAAAAUAUAUACAUUGAAAUAUGGGAAGGUGCUUACGAUCUAGCACCUAAGCCUUUACUACAAACUACUGAUAAUUUGGAUGAUUCAAAUAUAGAUGUUUCUUUACAAGAGAAAUCUCUUCCCUCCCCCGUAACAUUGUUAGCAGAGUUGGUGUUAACCGAUUUGCCUGAGAAAAAGAUGAAUGAACUCAAGGUUGAAAUUACAAUAGAAGUAGAUAUUAAUCAAAAAUGUAUCAUUUUAGCUAAAGAACUGUUAUCGAAUAAGUUGGUAGAACUAGAA